CUUCCUCGUGACCGUUUCCUUUGUGGUAACCGAUUGUUGUUCGUACCAUUGUUCAUCCUGCAACUUUGAAGACACACCAGUAAAUGUUCAUUCCAGGCUGGUAAAGAAACAAUAUUUUGUGCAUAAGAUCAAAACGUUGAAGGUCCUCUGUCUUAAGAGAAAUAUGUCUAGCAGUGAUGAUAGAUGUGUCAAACGUGAGGUCUCGUCAAAACAUUGUGAAAGCAAGCCUCGUCUGGUGGAAGAAACGAAACCACAUUCUUGCGAGAAGCCUUUCCAAUGUGGGAUGUGCUUGAAGUGUUUUCCUUACAAGAGUAAGAUUAAGCGGCAUAUGAAGAUCCACGCUGAUGAACGACCAUAUCAGUGUGAGGUGUGCAGAAAGUGUUUUCUUGAGAAAAGAUACUUGAAAAAGCAUAUAUUAAUUCACAAUGGAGCUAAGAAUUUUAAAUGUGAUGUGUGUUCAAAAUCAUUCCUACAUAGUUGCCUGUUGAAAGUACAUAUGCUCGUCCAUACUGGGCUUAGGCCUUUCAAGUGUCAGACAUGUGCAAAGUGUUUCAUACGGAAACAGUCCUUAAAAAAACACAUGUUGGUUCACAAUGGUGUUAAGAAUUUUAAAUGUGAAGUAUGUGCAAAAUGUUUCACACAAAAUGACACCUUGGAAAACCAUAUGUUGGUUCACACUGGUAUUAAGAAUUUCAAAUGUGAGAUGUGUGCAAAAUGUUUUUCUCUCAAUUCGUAUUUAAAACGACAUGUGUUGGUUCACACUGGUGUUAAAAUUUUUAAAUGUGAGGUAUGUGCAAAAUGUUUUCCAAGGAAUAUUGAUUUGAAACGACAUAUGAACACCCACACAGGUGUUAAGAAUUUCAAAUGUGAGGUGUGUGCACAAUCUUUCUCACAAAAUACCCACUUGAAACAACAUAUGUUGGUUCACACUGGUGUUAAGAAUUUCAAAUGUGAGGUAUGUGCAAAAUGUUUUAUAGGCAACAGUAACUUGAAAAAACAUAUGUUUGUUCACACUGGUGUUAAGAAUUUCAAAUGUGAGGUGUGUGCAAAGUAUUUUACACUCAAUACCAACUUGAGACAACAUAUGUUGGUUCACUCUGGUGUUAGAAAUUUCAAAUGUGAGGUGUGUGCAAAAUGUUUCUCAAGCAAUGACAACAUGAAAAAACAUAUGUUGGUUCACACUGGUGUUAAGAAUUUCAAAUGUGAGAUAUGUGCAAAAUGUUUCUCACAAAAUACCGAAUUGAAACGACAUAUGUUGGUUCACACUGGUGUUAGGAAUUUUAAAUGUGAGAUAUGUGCAAAACGUUUUUCACAAAAUACCGAAUUGAAACGACACAUGUUGGUUCACACUGGUGUGAAGAAUUUCAAAUGUGAGGUAUGUGCAAAAUGUUUCUCAUUAAAUACCGAAUUGAAACAACCUAUUCUGGUUCACACUGGUGUUAAGAAUUUCAAAUGUGAGGUGUCAAAAUUCAGCAGUCAAUAGGUAGCAAGGUACACAUACUGCACCAAAUUAUUGACCCAUAACCCCCCCCCCCCUCCCUCUCUCUCUCUCUCUGUUUGUGUAUGCUACCCCUCUCCUCUCUCUCUCUGUGGUGUCUAUGCCUCUCUCUCUC